UUUUUAUGUAUAAAGCCAUAAAUUAAAUAUGGUGUAACGAUAUAUUAUACAGCUUUCUUAUCAACGUUCAUAUUUCAAUUUCAAGGGAGCUGUGUUGAAAUUAAUAAGCGUAUCCUCAAAUUUUGUAAAUAAUAUUAUGGAACCCUAUAAUCAUUGAAGUAUACAAUAGAAAAUCAAAUGUAAAAUACAUAAUACAAUGGCAGAUUCUAAAAAAACUCAGAUUAAAAACGAUUUAGCAAAAUUAGAAUCUUGCUCUGAUCUGGAAAGAAGCAUCCAAUUAGCCAAGCAAGCUAAUGAACUGUGUGAUCCAACACUGCCAUUCUUACAUAGUAUGCAAUAUACAGAAGGAGAUCUAGACCUAUCAUUUUAUUUCUCAAAGUCUUAUAAUCUCAAAAACAUACACAAAGAGGAGAUAUUUUCUUUAUUUAAAGCAAACAUGUACGAAUCUUACAAAAACUGUCCCUGGGGAUGGAGGGAGAAAAAAAAACGUUCCGAAAUGUUUCAUCAAAAUGCUAGGUAUAUUCUAGUUCGUCAAACAAGCAGCAAGAAAGUACUUGUAGCUUUUGUGCACUUUCGUUUUGAUAUUGAAGACUUAACAGAAGUGUUGUAUCUUUAUGAAAUUCAACUAAAACAAGAAGUUCGUAGUAAAGGUCUUGGACGAUAUUUAAUGAACUUUUUAGAAACAAUGGCAAUCUACUAUAACAUGAAACGUGUUGUAUUAACUGUUUUAAAAAAUGACAAUAAAGUCAUUAAUUUUUAUUUAUCACAAAAUUAUAAAAUUGAAUCGUAUUCUCCCAAAAAUUCUUUUUAUUAUAUUUUAAGUAAACUACUUAUAAAGAAUGUAUAACUAAAAUAAUAAGAUAUAUUAAUAUAACUCAAUUCACAUUAUUUUAGAUUUAUAAUUAAUUAAAAUGUAUUAAAUUAAAUAUUCGGUAAUAUUAAGGUAACAUUUUUUUUGUAUUAUUAUUCCUAUUCUAAGUUCAGUUAAAAUAUAGAUAAUUUGAUGGUAGUUGUUUUGAAAAAAAGAAGGUAAACAAAUCACAACAAACGUCUUAGGAACUUAAGUCUAUAAACAACAAUAGUUUUAAUAAAAAAAUAUAAAGUGUUUUAAAUAGAUAAAAUGUAUACUAAUCAAAUAAUACUAAUAAUUAAAAAAAAGAAAUU